AUGAGUGGUUGUCAAUUUAAUCAACCAUAUUGUCCACGUAGUGAAGAAAAGAAAUCGAUUGCAGAGUCAAUUGAAAAAGCUACUUUAAUGGAACCAUCAAUUGAUGCACAAUCAGCACAAAAAGGAGUUUAUUAUGGUAGUUAUUUAAAAUUAGAUGAAUUAUUAAAUAUUCAAGAAUGUGAAAGUGUUAAAGUUGGAGCACCAGCACAUGAAGAGAUGUUAUUUAUAAUUAUUCAUCAAACUUAUGAACUUUGGUUUAAACAAAUGAUUCAUGAAAUCGAUUCAAUUCGUAGUAUUAUGUCAACACCACCAACACCAGAACGUUUGAAUGGUGUAAUUGUCAAUCGUUUAGGACGUAUAACAGAGAUUCAAAAGUUAUUAGUCGACCAAAUUAGUAUCCUUGAAACUAUGACAUCUGUUGAUUUCUUGGAAUUUCGUAAUCUUUUAGUACCAGCAUCUGGUUUUCAAUCGGUACAAUUUCGUAUGAUCGAGAAUAAGUUGGGUAUUCUUCCAAAUACACGUGUUCAAUAUCAACAACAUCAUUAUCACUCAUUUUUCAAUGAAAAAGAUCGUAAAGCAUUACAAGCAACAGAGAAUGAAGUAUCCUUACUUCAAUUGGUAAUUCAAUGGUUGGAACGUAACCCAUUCCUCUAUUAUAAAGGUUACGAUUUUUGGUCCUCCUACAAAUCAGCUGUCGAUCAAAUCCUUGAAAAUGAUCUUCAAAGAAUUCAAGCAAAUAAUGAUCUCUCUCAAGAUAUGAAAGAUCAAUCAACCAAAGAAGCUAAAAAGAAUAUGGAAUCUUUCUCAACACUUUUCGAUGAAGUUGCUUAUAAUGAAAGAUUAGAAAAAGGUGAAGUUAGAUUAAGUUAUAAAGCAUUACAAUCAGCAAUUUUAAUUUAUUUAUAUAAAGAUGAACCAAUUUUCCAUACACCAUUCCUUAUUUUAAAUCUUUUAACAGAAAUUGAUGAAUUAUUAACAAUGUGGAGAUUCCGUCAUACAAUGAUGGUACAAAGAAUUAUUGGUGCCAAGAUUGGUACUGGUGGUUCUUCUGGUUAUCAUUAUUUACGUACAACCGUUGGUGAUCGUUAUAAAAUUUUCUUGGAUUUAUUCAAUAUUUCCAGUUAUUUAAUUCCAAAAAAUACACUUCCACAAUUACCAAAAGUUGUUAAAGAACAAAUGGAUUUCGCUUGGUCAAUUUUGUAA